AUGGAGGCUUGGCUCGAAGAUUCCGGUGCCGACGGCCUGGACAAGGUCGAGGUCGCCGACUUUCCCCUUACCACCGGGCGCGGUGUCCGUGCCAAGUGCGAUCUGAACAAGGGCGACAAGAUCCUCACCAUCCCGGCCCCGUGUCUGUGGACAAUCAAGCGCGCACGCAACGAUGAACUGUUCGGAACCGUUCUCAAAUGCGUUCCGCGGCAGAUGUCUGUUGAUGAGACGCUCGCCUUGUACAUCCUCUUUGUGCGAUCACGGCCCGACCACCUCCCCUACAAGAACCUGCAGAAGCAUAUCGCCGCGCUGCCCCAGAGCUACACCGCGAGCGUCUUCUUCGAAAAGAAUGAGCUUGCUGUAUUAGUUGGCAGCUCGCUUCAUCAACUCACCGCCAACGCGCAAGCGCAAAUUGAAAACGAUUACUUGACGUUCCAGACCCUAUUCCAGGAGCAUCCCACCCUGUUCCAAGAGAAAAGGUUUAGCAUUGAAGAAUACAAAUGGGCGCUUUGCACAAUAUGGAGUCGAGGAAUGGACUUCGUCGUAGAUGGCGAACCGGUCCGACUCCUCGCACCCUUUGCCGACAUGCUUAACCACUCCCCCGACGUUCAGGAGCAGUGCCACAGAUUAAUCAAGGAGAGCGGAAACCUGUUCGUCAUUGCCUCAAGGGACUAUAAAGCCGGCGACCAAGUCUUCAUCAACUACCACUAUUUCCCGGGAAGACCCGACCUGUCCAAGCUCCCAAACCACCGCCUACUAUACCUGUACGGCUUCGUGCUGCCUAGCAACCCCGACGACAGCUACGAGCUCGCGCUUCAGACUGGCCCCGGGGCGCUGCGCUACGCGGAGAAGGAAAAGCUCUGGGCGCGCGCCGGUCUGACCGCCGUCUCUACAAUUCCCCUGACAGUCGAGGAGCCUCUGCCCAGCAAAAUCCUCCAAUACCUGCGCAUCCAGCGCCUCGAGUAUUUCGAGUCGAUGACGGAGCAAGAAGCCGACGAGCAGAUCCUGCACUACUUGAUCGCUUACUUCACCGAAACCCUCGCGGGGUUCGGCAGCCCGCGGGAAGAUCUCGAGGAACGCCUAGGAAACGGCACCUACGCUACCGGGAGCAACUCCUGGGCGGCCGCGCACGUGAGCGCCAGCGAGCAGCGCAUCUUAGAGCUAGCCAAGGGAAAGGCCGCGAAGCUGCUGGGAGAGAACGCGGCGGCCGCCCAGCAGGCCGCCAUGCAGAGGGCGGAGAAAAUGCUGGCCGCGCUGCGAGCCGGUGAUGAUGGGGAGGUUGAUGCGCCGCCGCCGGACCGGUGCGUGCAGUGUGGCAAGGACGGGGCGGCAGCGAAGCUGAUGAUGUGCGGCAAGUGCAAGGCGGUUAAGUACUGCGGAAGGCACUGCCAGGUGGUCGACCGGCAGAAGCACAAGAAAGUGUGUUCCGUGAAAAAGUAG